GGGCUGCGCCACGGUGCGCAGGCGCAGCUGCAGCCGUCGGUGGGUCGGGGCUCUGUUUCCUGAGAGGUGAGUUGGGGGCUCCGCGGCUAGCUGAAGGGGUACUGGCCUCAAAGGAUCAGAGCUUACCGUUCCUAGGAAUCCGUAAGGGAAGAUCCCAGAGUCGGCGAUGGACAGCAAGAAGCGCCUGGCCUACGCCAUCAUCCGGUUCCUGCAUGACCAGCUGCGGCACGGUGGGCUCUCGUCCGACGCCCAGGAGAGCCUGGAAGUUGCCAUCCAGUGUCUGGAGACGGCGUUUGGGGUGACCCUGGGGGACAGCGACUUGGCGCUCCCCCAGACCCUGCCAGAGAUAUUCGAAGCUGCUGCUGCAGGCCAGGAGGUGCCACCCCAGGACCUGAAGACCCCUGAGCGGACCCCACCAUCUGAGGAGGACUCCGCCGAGGCUGAGCGCCUCAAGACGGAAGGGAACGAGCAGAUGAAGGUGGAGAACUUCGAGGCCGCGGUGCACCUCUACGGCAAGGCCAUCGAGCUGAACCCCGCCAACGCCGUCUACUUCUGUAACAGGGCGGCGGCCUACAGCAAGCUGGGGAACUACGCGGGUGCCGUGCAGGACUGCGAGCGCGCCAUCGGCAUCGACCCAGCCUACAGCAAGGCCUACGGCCGCAUGGGCCUGGCGCUGUCCAGCCUGAACAAGCACGCAGAGGCCGUGGCCUACUACAACAAGGCCCUGGAGCUGGACCCUGACAAUGAGACCUACAAGUCCAACCUCAAGAUCGCGGAGCUGAAGCUUCGAGAGGCCCCGAGCCCUACGAGCGGUAUGGGCAGCUUCGACAUCGCCGGCCUGCUGAACAACCCAAGCUUCAUAAGCAUGGCCUCAAGUUUAAUGAACCACCCCCAGCUCCAGCAGCUCAUGUCCGGGAUGAUUUCAGGCAGCCACAACCCCCUGGGAACCCCCGGCACCAGCCCCUCACAGAGCGACCUGUCCAGCCUCAUCCAGGCGGGCCAGCAGUUCGCGCAGCACAUGCAGCUUUCCAACCCCGAGUUCAUCGAGCAGCUGCGCAGUCAGAUCCGCAGCCGGACUCCCAGUGCCAGCAACGAGGAACCGCAGGAGUGAAAGCCCCCAUGGCGACGCGGAGGCGGGGCAGCUGUGCCGUGCCACCCGUCCUUCUCGGCUGACCGGAAGCCUCCACGCCUACUGCCGUUUAUUCCCGUUGGGCCACUCGAGAGAAGCUGAGUGAAGUCGGGGCUGCAUGUUAGGAUGGACCCUGUCCCCGCCGUCCCCACCCCGCUGCCCAUCCGUCCCUCCACGUCUGGGCCCCCAAGGAGACAGACCAGCAGGCCCAGCACCGACCAGCAGCGACCUCCCUCCUGGCUCCGGAGCCCACGGACACUGAACUCGGCUCCACAGUCCCCUUCGUCCCUUAAUUUGUCUUCAAGGACUUGGGGUGCUCGGCCGACCUCACGGCCAGGCGCCGACUGCACUGCCAGCCCUGGCCUGGGCGCCCCCACCGAGGACCUCGAGCUGCGGCGUCCAUGCCCUUCCCGCCCCCGUCUCCAGUCAUCGAGUCCUGGCCAUGCGGGGGACCCCACCCAGGCUCCUCCACAUCCCAUCCCGCCCUGCUGCAGGCGGGGACCUGGCCCCCCCUGCUCCCCAGGAAGCUGCUUCUGGAGGGGCGGCCGAGGGCAACGGGGGCCUCACAGAUGUCCCUGCGGCCCUGCCCAUCCCCGGGGGCCUCCAGGCGGGACUGGGCUCCAGGAUGGGCCCCGGUCUGCCGCACGCCAUAUGCAUCAUAGGAAGCAGCGGCCCGGCCACCGCAGUGCUCACCAGCGGGACCCACAUGGGAAUAAACACAUGGUGACCUCCUCUCA